UCAGUGUGUGUGUGUGAGGUGUGUUUGUGUAAGGUGUGUGUGUGUGAGAUGUGUUUGAGGUGUGUGUGUGUGUGGGAAGAGAGGAAGGGUUUAGUUCACUGUGAAUCACUCUUUUAACACUGAACUGUGUGUGUCAUAGACUCAGACGGCUGCAGUCAACCCAUCAUCUAUCACACUGUUUGUUGACCAGGAGAGGAUUUCCAGAUGCUGAGAAGAAAUGGCCAGGAUGAAAAAUCUGACUGUAAUUAUUACAGUGAUGAUGAUGAUGAUGUGCCUUCAUUCAGCUCUUACAGAUCAAAGUUUGAAGUGUUAUAAUGACUUCUAUAACACCUUCACAUGCGUGUGGAACACAUCAAACGUCCAGAUCCAGCCGCCCAUCACACCUCAGACAAACUGCUUCCUACACGUAGAGGUUAAAAAAGCUUUAAGUAGUCAAACAGAAAAGCAGCAGAUGUCCAUCGAUAGCUCAGACCUCAACAUCCGCACAGCCAGCGUUGAUUUUAAAACACCUGGAGGAAUCAUAAUAGGUGCUGCCACCAUCUUUGAAAAAGUGAUGUGUGAGAACUUUGAUGCACCUGUGGUUCAGACACAACACAAAGGCAGGGACAGCGUAGUGAAAGUUCUGCCUCCUGUGGGAGUGAAAGUUGACGGGCUCAAUGUUUCAUGGAGUUUUGCUUCCCCAAAAUCACAAUAUUUUCUGGGUCAUGUGUUUGAGCUGCAGUACAGAUCUGCUGAGCAAAACUGGACGGACAGUAAGAGCGUUCAGAUCAAUGACCCUCAUAUACAGCUUCCUGAAGAUCUUCUGUAUUUACAUCAGCAUUAUGUAUUCAGGGUCAGAGCCAAACUUGUUUUUAAAAAAACCAAAACCAUCUGGAGCGAGUGGAGCAGUGAGUACAGCUGGACAUCUGAUGAUGGUAAAUCACGCCCGACACUAGAUACAGAGUCAUUUCAAGUCUGGAUCACAUUCACAGGAGUCGGUCUCAGCAUCAUCUUCAUUUUUAUCAUUCUGUUCAAAUGCAACAAAAUCAAAUGGCUGCAGAAGAUCCAUUCUUCAUAUAUACCUGAUCCCAGCAAAUAUUUCACUGAUUUAAACUCAUAUCAUAAAGGAAAUUUUGUGUCAUGGCUCGGUUCAGCGUUCGCUCUCGAAAGCUUUGUCACAGUCGACUCUGAGUUCGUCAGUCCGGUUGAGGUCGUGAAGCUGCAGGACACCGGCGACUCUCACCGAUUGGACGCACACGGUGCCACAUUGAACGAAGGAUGGGAAAACACUUCAAAAUCCUCCAACUUCUCAAACUCCACUUACUUUUUGUCCCAGAGCUCCAACAACCCCAACGACACCCUGGAACCCUGCUCGGCACACUGCUCGUACGGCCCUGCGGGGGGAGACAUUCUGCCGAACAGUGCUGACGUCGCUCGCGGUGUCGGGAAGGAUGAAAUGUUUGAACUGGAAAGUUCUCUAAAGAGACUGGAGCAGCUCCGUCAGGACACCCAGAGUCCCGAUUCGGGCUUCGCCGUGGGUUCUGAAGACAGCAUGGAGGAGUCGGACCUUCCCAGCCCGUUGGGUCUAAAUCUGACCCCUCACCCGCUCCUGGGCCUGCCUGCCCCUCAUCCUCACAAACAUCUCUUUAUGGGCUGGGAGCAGACACCUCUUGUACUGGGACCAAACCAUCUGAUGCACAGCAUAGACUUGGACCUCAAGCUUUUAGGUUCAUGUGGAAUGAUAGAGCCCUCCAGUGACGAUUACAUGCCAGUGAAAAAUGUCCAAAAUUAAUUCACCAUUUACCCGCAGAUCUCAAAGUCUCUGUGGGUGAAGAGAAAAAAGUGGGUGGGCUCAUUUUACUCUGCCAUCCAAACAGUCUCUCAGGAUCAUCAUGAAUGUAUCAAGCCACGCCCUAGCAACCAUUUUGGGCACCCUAGCAUCCGAUCCCAUAGACUGCCAUUGAAACAAAGCCUAUAUCAUCAUAUAAUCUUUUCACUUGUGGCCAGGAGUAUAAUCACUGGUAAAUGACAAUUCAUUCAUUUCCUAGCAACCAAACAGAGGUACCCUAGCAACCAAUUUAAAAAGCCUAUACCUCUGCAUCAGAACAUCGUAGAUACAUCGGGGGGUGGGCUCUUCUGAAACUUAUUAACAUUAUUGUACCAGUUUGUUUCCUGAAUUUUGCUACAUCAAGCACCACUUCACAUUUUCUUCAGAACUAUCUAUGUAUUGCUUUAAUGUAUAAGAUGUUAUAGGAUUGUGAAUUCUUUAAAAGAAACACAAAGCUAGAAGUUAAAGUUUAUUUGUAGCUUACUGAAGUCCGUUUAUUGUCAUUUAUCAAGAGUUCCAAAGAUAAAACAAGAUUGAAUACUGGUGUAGGGGGACGAUGCGACACUCUAAAGUCCCGCCUUCCAGUUCAAAGAACCAAUCAACAAUGGAUAAAGACUGAUGAUUUACUUCAUAAAGACUGAUCAGUUACUCCACUCUGCUGCUAUUUGAGAAAUGAAAUGCAUUUGUGCAUUGUGCAAGUGAAUGUAAAGAUACAUCAGUGACUGGAGCGUCUGUAUGUAUUAAAUGUGCCGUCAGUGAUUCUGGUUAUUUAAGCUUCAGACUUAAAGUCCCCCUGUGGUGAAAAUCAAGUUUUAUUGUUGUUUAUAUGUCUAUGCGGGGUUUAUAAUAUGCUUUAAGACAACACAAAUUUCUGCGGUUUAAAAUUGCUUUGGUUUGCUUUGGUCAAUCAGAUCACCACAUUUAAACGAGUGGAUCAGUUUGAGUAUUAUGUAUGGAUGCUGCUUAGACUCGGUGCAGAAACGAUCACAACGUUACUGCUUCAGCUCUACUUCUGUGAUGUUCACAUGUGCAGUGUGAAUGCUGUAAGCUGUUAACAUCAGUGCUUAAGAUAAGUGCUGCAAACACACAGUUCUCGUAUUCAUUGUGUAAAACCGAACUUAGCAGUUAUGUGUCUGAAACUGUCGAAUGAGCAUCUAUUUACAUUUAUAUCUAUGGUCUGAGGUGGUGCGAAAGAGUAGAGGUGGGAACUAAUUUGCAUAUUUACAGAUCCAUGUAUAUUAAAGGAGGCUAGGGCGUAGAGUUACAUUCAUGCUGUUUUAAACAUGAAUAAAUUACUGUCAUAUAUAUAUAUAUAUAUAAAUGCUAUUAUGAUGCUCAAAGAUGAGUUUUAAAGGAUAAAAUUAUUGACUACAGGGGGACUUUAAGACGUCAUGGUCUGUUCCAGUCUGGAAUAAAAUCAUUUAAGUUAAUAUCAGUCUGCCAUUAAACUAACUGUGUUUACCGAAUUUACCGUGUUUUAGUGAGGUACAAGCUUAUACUAUACAGUAUGGGCAUAACUAGUUAUUGGAAUUUACUAAUUUUCCAGGUUAUUAAAUCAUGGACAAACUUUAAUUUUAACAUAA